AUGCAGCUCGAGAAGGCUGUUGGUCAUGGCGGCGAGGCUAUCACAGCUCAGAAUGUUACAAAUCCCGGCAACGAUCCAUCGUAUGCCGACCCCUCAGGAGAGAAGAUGAAGGCUCUAGCUUGGAUGGGCAAGAACAAGGUCGAAAUGAUCGAGUGCCCCAAGCCCAAGGUUAUGGAGCCCCGCGAUGUUAUCGUCAAGGUCACCGGUUCUACAGUCUGCGGGUCAGAUCUGCAUCUGCUUCACGGAACGGUAGUUGAACUGCAGAAGGGCGACAUCCUUGGUCACGAAUUCUGUGGUGUUGUAGAUGAGGUCGGUAGCCAGGUCACAAAGUUCAAGAAGGGGCAGCGCGUAGUUGCAUCUUUCCAGAUCGCUUGCGGUGACUGUUUCUACUGCAAACAGAAGCUCUCCUCACAGUGCGAGAAGACCAACGACAACACAAUCGAGAACACCCUCUACGGUGGCCGUACAGCAGGCAUGUUUGGCUACUCCCACUUCACCGGAGGAUUCGCUGGUGGUCAGGCAGAGUACACUCGUGUUCCUUACGGCGAUGUCAACCUCCUCCCUCUCCCCGAUGACGUCCCUGAUGAGGAGGGUCUAUUUCUGUCUGACGUCCUUUGCACAUCGUGGCACGCGGUCGUCGACACAGGUGUGAAAAAGGGUGACGUUGUCGCCAUUUGGGGCGCUGGACCGAUUGGACAAAUGGCUGCAGAGUUCUCGCUGUUGAACGGCGCGAAGAAGGUCAUCAUGAUCGACUCGAACUGGCGAUUGGACUUCGUGCAGAAGAACUACCCACAUAUCGAGACUAUUGACUUCUCCAAGCUCGGUCAAGGCGAGUCGGUGACAAGCAAGCUCAAAGAGCUGGCCGAGAACCGUGGUCCUGAUGUCUCGAUCGAGUGCGCGGCUGGUGAGUACACAAAGAGCUGGGCCCACUACUUCGAGAUGAUGCUUGGUCUUGAGACCGACACAUCCGAGCUUGUCAACGAGAUGAUCACCAGCACGAGGAACUUUGGCAGCUGUGGUAUCACCGGUGUCUACGUUGGCUUCACAAACCACUUCAACAUCGGCUCGCUCAUGGAGCGUGGUAUCCGCCUGAUCGGCAACGGCCAAGCACCCGUUCACAAGUACUGGGAGUCGCUCCUAAAGAUGAUCCAGGAGAAGCAGAUCCACCCCUCGAAGAUGGUCACCCACCGUGUCAGCCUUGACGAUCUCGACAAGGUCUACUACAAGUUCGAGGAGAAGGCUGAUGGCAUGCAGAAGGUCUUCGUUGAGACAAAGUGGUCGUUCCCUGCGUCCCAGGGCUCGCCUGCGCUUACCAGGUACUAA